AUGCAGGCACAGACAUCUCCAAUGCUCAUCAUUGGGAGCGUCUUAGAUCCUGGCUGUUACCCCUGGAAUAUUCAAGAAUUCCAAUAUGUGCAGAUCUUAACAUUGGCGAGACUUUCGGCCUUGCAGAAACAAGAGCUCUCGGACAUCGGACUGUCAUUCCAGCGCAACCUGGCAUACAUUGUCGACCUUUACAGCUUCCGCGCCAGCAACACAAGAGCGAGAGCCGAGCUCCACAAUCUUGGGUGGGCUAAAGUUCGACUGGAGGAUAUCGUGAUCGACGCCUCAAUAACAGAAGAACCCAUGGCUACGACCCAGCCACCUGCGAUCUCAGUCGAAGAUAAGCCCUUGAUUAGCCCUUCGGAGGCCAAGUCUCAUGUUGAUGGAGAUGCAAUUGUGCGUUUGAUCGAACCCUUCACUAUGUCGUGGGUCUUGGUAAAGAUCGCGGACGGGGCAAUUGCGUGGGUUGGGUCGAAAAUCAUGGACCGCCUCUUUGGGGGAGGCAGUAAAUCAGCAGGAACUUUGUCCCAAGAGUCGAUCCAGCAGAUCGCUGCAGCCUUCCAACAAAUCCUUGAAGCCCAGAGACUCCAAGAUGCCAAAACUCGUCUUGAUGCGAUACAAACCAAUAUCCUGGAAUACAACAACUCUCCUACGACUAGUCUGGACCGGCUAGCCUUUGCUACCAACCAGUCGCUUGACUCGGUCACGGAACUGGCUACGUUUAAAUGGGCAGGGCUUCCAUCAUACCUUCUUGCCGCCACAGUCAGGCUGACGGUCCUUCAAGAACGUUACACAGCGUUUGGGGACAAUGGUGAACUUCUCAACAUUCUCUCCCAUAUCGAAAGCGCGUUUGAUGCGACAGCGGGAGCGGAAAAAGAUGGGAGAGUGACUCUGGAUCUUGCUUUUCCGCUCCCAGUUAUACGUGUACACAUUCCCCGUUUCCCGGUAAGCUAUUACUAUUACGACCAUGGAAGAAGUAUCUGGGGUGGCUAUUCAGAAGAGCAAGCCAUGACCGCGAGGUCGAUUGCCAAAGGUGCCUUCACGUUUCAGGAGCUGGAUCCGGUCUGGAAAUCCUACACUCAAACCAGGGAUGCAUGGAACACUGUCAAGUUCGCAACCCGACGAAAGGGCGAAGACGCGGGUCUCACACUGCCUCCUCUUCAAUGA